UCCGGGGUACUGGGUAGGCGGGUGCGGAGGGUGUGCGCCCCAGGACGCAGGCGCGUUUUGAGCAAACCGUUCUUAUGCUAGGCUGGGUUCCCGCGGGAGGAGACUGUUUUGGCCGUUGAAUCUUGUGAACCUCUUUGGGCUCAGCAGAGGCCCAGGCUCCCGCAGCUGAGCCCGUGAAGUUGGUGUAUAAGAAUUAGGAAUGGAGUCAGCAUAUCUUCAAAAGCACCUUGGGGCAUGUCUAACGCAGGGUCUUGCAGAAGUGGCAAAAGUUCGUCCAGUGGAUCCAAUAGAAUAUUUAGCUUUGUGGCUUUACAAAUAUAAAGAAAAUGUGACUGCAGAGCAAGCAAGAGAAAGGGAAAUGGUGGAGUUGGAACGUGAAAGAGAAAUAGCUCUAAUGGAGCAGGAAAUGAUGGAGAGGCUCAAAGCAGAGGAGCUCAUGUUUCAGGAGCAACAACUGGCCUUCCAGCUAGAGCUGGAAAAGCAAGAAAAAGAAAGAGCGAGAAUAGAAGAACUAAAGAAAAUGGAAGAAAUAAUGGAGAAGGAGGCAAGAAUGAAUAUGGAAAAUAUAGUUAAGGGUGAAGAUGCCCCCCAUUUAGAGGAAUCAGGCAAAACACUAGCCGAAAUUAGCGACCGGUACGGGGCGCCUAACUUGAGCAGAGUGGAGGAGCUUGAUGAGCCGAUGCUAUCUGAUGUUGCGUUAAACAUUGAUCAAGAUUUAUAGUCUCAACCAACCCAAGAGUAAUAAAUUUUUCUGCUUGUUUCAAGUUUCAAAGUA